UUACAACCAAGGUGGGCCGGAUUUGGUCUGUCUCACACAGCUAAAGAGGGCAGAGCUAAUUCAGAUGGAACAAACAGUCACAGGUCCAACCAUGAGGAGACCAGAAGGAGGAUUAAGGUGAACCUUAACCGCCUAGAUGUGACCAAGGUUGACAACUCUGGUGAUGGGAAGAAUCAUGGCAAGUCGGACCACACAGGGGGGGACAACAAAACCAGCCAUGUGGAUCACAUGCAUGCCUCCGUGAAGAUCAGCAAGACCUCCGAGAAAUCUGCAGCAAACCAGGUGAAGGCAAAGGUAGAUGUCCUUUCUUCAAUAAAGUUGCCAGAUGAAUCACUGGCUUCAAUCCAGAAUCCAGAUGAAUGCCUGGCUUCAAUUCAGAUGCCUGUUGAAAUGCCAGAUGAUUCCUUAGCCUCAAUCAAGAUGCCAGAGGAAUACCUUGCUUCUAUUAAGAUGCCUGAUGAAUGUCUUGCUUCCAUCAAGAUGCCAAAUACAGGCCUUGCAUCAAAGCAAGAUCAGAGAGAAGCCGAGUUGGCCAGUAAGGAAGAUCCGAACAAAGCAGGGGGUGUUGUGUCUUUCUCCUUUAAGAAGACUGGUGCCAAAAUAUCAUCUGCUGCUGUGUUUAAACAUGAAGAAGAAGAAGACAAAUCAAAAUUGGUGGAGGCUGAUGGACCACAGCCUUCACUGGUUUCUACUAAUGAGUCGGCAUCACAAGAGGAGCAGCAUUCUGUCAAUGAGGAGCACACACAGGCAAAGUCGUUGGGGUCAUUCAUCAAGGUCAUGAACAAAGAGGAGACUAUGGAGCUGGACUGGCCAGUUGCAAUGGUGCAGUAUACAAAAACAGAACCUGUCAUUGGCUAUAGCUGUGAUCCUCUGAUCUUUGACUUCAAUCAGUUAUUGGCCAAGCCAAAGCAUGAUGUUGUCUCAAAGGAAGUGGAGACACCAGCAGUUACUACAGAGGUUGAUCACAAUGUAGUCAAGUCCACAGUGGAAGUCACAGAGACAGAGGACACUGUGAUGGACGAUGUGUCAAAGAAAGAUGAAAAAGCUGCCAAGAAGAAAAAGAAGAAGAGUAAAAAACAUAAAAAAUCAGCCAAGAGCAACAGCACAGCUCAACUAGGAUCAACAGAAGCCGAUGGGAAAAAGUCCUCAGAAAAACGAAAGAAGAAAAAGAAACGUAAGAGCAAACACCAUGAACCAACAGAGGAAGGAAAAACUGAUAAACAUACAGGGGAGAAAAAAGAUGAGAAUGAAGACCAGAAAAAGUCUCAUGGCAAACACAAGAAGGACAAGAAAGUUGCAGAAUCAGAAGGUAAUUCUAGAGGAGGAAGUGACGAGUCUGGGGAAGAAGGUCACAAAAAGUCAGCUAAGCACAAGAAACAUAGACACAGCAAAAAGUCCAAAAAGAAAAAGAAGAAACAGCAUGGUAAUGAGAAGAAGGAGGAAGCCUCAACGAAAGAUUCCGUAAACCAAGAGAGUAAAGAUAACCCUAAAGAUAGUGAAAAGGACACCACAAAGGAGCUGACUAAGGACCAUUCAAAGGAGCAACAAAAGACAAAAACCACUUCUGAACACAAGGUAGACUCCAAACCGAGCCACAAGAAGACAGAGAUUACUCCCAGCAAGAGAAUUAGAGAACUCAGGGAGAAAAAGGAGCAAUCAGAUUCUUCAGAUGAUGAGGAAAAUAUGAGAGAACGAAAGAGGAAGAAAAGGAAGAAAAAAGUGGAUGGGAAGAAAGUAGAUAAAAUUAACGUUAAUAAGUCAGCUGAUGGCAAAAAGCCAGUGGAGAGAGUGGCUGUAAAGCGUAGCUACACUAGUGAAGAGUCUGAGUGUGAGGUAGAGGUUAAAAAACCAGGCAAGACUCCUACCUCAGACAGGAGUAAGAGUUCACCUGCUUUGGCGACUGGAGCAAUCGGCAAGAAAAUAAAAAAGGAACCUGGCAGUGGUUCAGAGAGACAAAGUUUGACUUCGUCAGUGCGUAAACGACAGACGAGCGAGUCUAGUGUAAAUGAGACCACUCCUGUGUCAAUAAAGAAACAGAAAGUUACACCAGUACAAGUAAAGGUGGAGACAUUGGUGGAAAACUCGUGGAAUAAAAUGGAGAAUAUGAUCGAAAUGAAAGCAACAGAUGAUAAUACUAAAUCAAAAUGGGAUACAAGUGACAGUGAAACAGAGGCUUUAGGUGACACUUCUCUUGCCAAAGAACCAAAAGUUCUUGUCAAAACAACACCUGUUGUCAACACAAAGCUGGUCUCACCUGAGAUGAAAAAGACGGCACACAAUCCAGCUGCACAGCAACAUGUUGCAAGCAAACCAACUCACUUGACUAUGUCUGUUUUACAAAACCCAAGUGGGCACCAAAAGGUUAUGUCAGAUUCAAAAAAUGCGCUUCAUAAGAAAAAGGAGGUACGCAAAAAUUCAAGUCGUUCUCACUCUAGGAGCCGACAUCGUCACCGUAGAUCCUAUUCCAGGAGUUACAGUCGGUCAGGAAGUUCUUCAUACUCAUCAGACUCUAGUCAUUCAAGAUCAAGCACAUAUAGCAGGUCGUAUUCCCGUAGCUCACGAUCUAGAUCUCGGUCCCACAGACGAUCACGGAGGUCUAGAUCAUAUAGCAGUUAUACAGACGAUAGCUAUAGUUCUAGGUCACGAUCUAGAUCGUUCAGGAGUCAUAGAUAUUCCCUGUCUAGUUCAUACUCACGCUCAAGGUCAAGAUCAAGAAAUCAUCACUACAGAUCAUAUUCAAGGGGAAGUAGUAGGUCAACUAGUUACUCUAGAUCAAGGAGCAGAUCUAAAUCAUACAGACACUCUCGAUCUCACAGAAGGAAAAGGUCCUCAGACUAUAGUCGGUCUUCACGACGUUCUAGUGUGUUGGAUGAUGAACCCCGUAAAAAAAUUAAAGAAGAAAAGAAAGUGAAAGAGGAGAAAAAUGACAAGGAGACAAAAUCUGAUCCCCUUGACAUCCCUCUACCUGAUUUCAGCAAAGAAGAUGACACAAAAUCAGCAGAAAACAUUGCCCAGAAAAUCAAGGAGAAGAAACAACAACACUCAGAUUUGGUUAAAAAAGGUAUAGCAGCUAGUGUAGAAGCAGAGAAGGAGAAAAAUACAUCAGACACAAAGGAUUUCUUUGACAUUCCUUUACCAACAGUGGAGGACAAGUCAGGAGCACAGGACAAGCCAGAAAACACAUCAGGAAAUUAUCAAGGACCUAUCCUUCCUCCCCCACCACCCCCACCCUUGGGGAUGGACCCCAACCAAUCAAACAUGCCUCCACACUAUCAUGGUCCCAUGGGACCCCAUGGACCUCACAGUGGUCAUCAUGGACAUCAUGGUGGUCCCCAUGGACCGUAUGGACAUCACGACGGACCACACGACUACCACCCAAUGUAUGAUGGACCGGGAGGAUAUGAUGGUCCCCAUGGACCUGGUGGUCCACAUAUGGGUGGGCCUCACGGGCCAGGUGGACCACAUGGACCUGGUGGGCCGAUGCCACAGAACAUGCGGGGACCACCACCUCACCAUAUGGGUGGACAUCCACACAUGGGCCCACCUCAUAAUAUGCACCGUGGACCACACAUGGGACAUCCUCGCAACAUGGGCCCACCACCAAAUAAUAUGGGCAUGAGAGGCAUGCCACCUCAUCGCAUGCCACCUCCAGGCCAGAGAAUGUACCAACCCCCUAACAGAAUGGGACCACCACAUGGCCACAAUAUGGGGCUUCCCCCACACAUGCAGAAUAUGCCACUUCCACACAUGGGUCUUCCACCACACAUGGGAGGACCAAAUGACCCAUACAACACAGGGCCACGUUAUCCAUAUCAUAAUCCAGACAUGAAAGAUCCAACAAAGGACAAAGACAAGGAGCCUCCUCCCCUUCCUCCCUCCCGUUCUCCCUCACCUCAGCCUCCUCCACCAACCAAGGAGGAGGAGAAGAAAGUGGAGGAGAUUGUCACUAACCCAUCUAUUGUGAUCCCUCCUGAGCAAAUAGAGCAGUAUAAGCGUUUACAGGAGCAAGCCCAGAAGCAUGCAGUGAAACAGCUAAGACGACAGGCCAAACAAGAAAAGGGUGAAGCCAUAAGUGAAUCCUCCUCUUCAGAGGAGGAACCAGAAGAGGAAGAGAAUGUAGAGGAGCAAUCGAUAGUGUCCGUGGAUGAGGAUCAGAUCUCGAUAGAGGAACUACAGCAACAUCAGCAACAGCCCACACUCAUUGCCAUACAGUCCCCUGUACCACAACAGACAAUUAUGUUAGCACAGCCGUCAGCUCAGCAAUCUGUAUUGUCCCAGCUACAGAUGGCUGGUAUGGCGGGCAUGGGACAUUCUCCGCAAAUCAUGACCACAGCCAGUGGUCAGCACUUCAUCAUCCCUCAUUCAGCUGCUGGAGGGCUUGUACCCAUUCAGGCUGGGGCACCUAUGAUUGCGGUCCCCCAGCAUGCAGGACUACAGCCUGUGAAUGCCCUGGCUGCUGCAGCUGCAGGUGCACAGCCAGCUCACAUCCCUGGAUUUAUGCAGGCAUCACCACAGUACCACCUGACGCACGCAGGACAUGGACAUGGGAUCCCGAUAGGGGCCCAGCCUACUCUCAUAUCACAUCAACACCAACAGAUUUUCGCCGCUCAGCAGCAGAUGGCUGCAGCAGCAGCAGCAGCAAGUGCUGGACCCACUGUCCAUCUGCCUCAGCACUAUCUGGCAGCAGCACAUGGUGCUCAACCAGUCAUCGUGGGCAACCAUCUGCUUAUUCCACGCCUCGUACGUCCUCACUUAUAACAAAUCAAAUGCACUCUGCUUAUCUCAGCUUUAUAGGUCGGAAUUGUGACAGGUCCAGAUGAAUUCUUUUUGUCCAGUUUCACAUGUUACAGGUGGUGACAACACCUUUAAUCAUGCAUAGAUCAGUGCUAAAUGGAUGUGCCAAAUGUGAGGGGUUAUUGGUUGUGGAACAGUGUGUGCAAGCUAACCUGGUUAUUGACAGUCACUUACUCCGCCCUAGUGUUGAAAUGUUCCUUAAUUGUACAGUUUUAGUGCAAUACAUUGCUAUAUAAAGCUUGUGUUCUAGCUGAACCACACUUAAAGAGACGAGUGUUCAUUGUGAUAAAGCAAUAAUGUGUGCAUGACAAGCUCAGAGGACAAAUGGAAUUUACACUAUUUAAAAGACGUGGGUGAUCUCAUUUAUUGUGGGUGGAAAGAAGGGGGCUGUUAAUUUAUUACGUUCAAAAUAAUAAGGUCCAUGACUAGAAAUCAUAAACAAUAUACACUAUAGAUACAUAGCUCCUCAAGUUAACUGCAUACUUAAGUAUUCAUUACAGAUGGCAAUGGUGACUGGAGAUGAUUCAAAUUUUUAAUAUGCUAUUUAUUUUGUUUUCAAAUGAAUGGAAAUGUAAAAAAUAAAUGUGUAUGAUUGGAACAUGAGUUGAGAUGAAAUGUGUUUGACACAGAUCUGAAUGAUUAAUCUGUUUGCCACUGAUACUUCAAAACAUUAGGGUUUAUAUUUUCCUGUUUGAUUACACAAGGAUAGUCAACUAUGUAGUUGAUUUACAUAUCCUUGAAAAAAUGGUCAGAUUUCAACAAUGUUAUUGUUUUUGUUCCACAGGAGCAAGGUGUUUGUCGUCCGUCUGUCGAGAUCCUUUCUAAGUAACCAGAUAUUUAACAAUUGAGCUCCAGUAAGGACGACAACACGUAUACUACCAGAAAUGACCCUGUGGUAAUAACCCAUAGAAGUAGUCGGGAUCCCCACCCCAUUACUCCAGAGAUUGGCAGUAUCCCUAGGGAACUGGAUCUAUCAGGGAAAUGGUUGAGAUUUCCAUCCCAUAACCAUAUAUGAAAGAGAGGAACACUCAUGCCAUCAGGAUAGGUCCCAGAUUCUGGCCCUUUGGUCAUAACUAGGAAAUGGUCGAGAUCACUCUAUAGCAUAUAUAUGUGCUGGCUGGGCAAGAAAAGGUGAACACGCAACCAUGCUAUAAGGUUUUUAGCUCACGGUCUGACAUUUAGCCCCAGGGUGAUAACAUGGAAAUAAUUCAUAUUAUAAAAAUAUAUUACAAAUUUCUGCCAAAUUCCCUAUGAAAGGUGUCAUCCACUGGGUGACUACUGCAUAGUCUAAAAUAGGAUUUGCAUUGUUACUUUUAAGGUUUGAAUAUUUUUCCAUAUUGCCUGGUUAUAACUUUAGUCAUUUGAAACGUGAAAAUAAGAAUUAGCAAAUGAAAUUAUGUAAAUUGGUGUGAAUUAUAGUCCAGCAUUAAAUUAUUAAUUCAUUGUAUAACUUAAAUUAUUUCUAUGUACAUAAUUUUUAUGUAAGAUUAUUGUAGGCUACUCUUCAUGGAGGUAGUUGCCUUUACAAUGAUAAACAUGUAUAUAGACUCAAUGUUGUGUUGAGUGAUAGAUAAGAACUGGCUUCAGGACAGUUAACUAUUGAAGUGUAUUAAUAUAUAAGCAAGCAAAUUAAAUUGUCUGUCACCUUUUUAAUACGAAAUCUUCUGAAGAACCUUUGGCUAUAGGGGAACGAUACUUGGCUUGUAACUUAUUUGGAUGAAGCCAGUUAAUGUUUAUAAUGUUAAAAUGUUGGGGGGGGGGGGGUUAUUUGGGCCAAAUAUGU